AUGGUGCGGCUACGUGCCUGUGGUCCCGAAUGGGACAGCGCACGGGUAUCACAGCUAACCGUCUAUGCCGAGAUUUUGUGCCUCCUGAUGACAUUAUUCAGUGCAGGAGCAGCAACGCGGAACGACAUCUUUCUGCAGUCAGCGUGCAAUCUGAAGUUUGUGCGAGUGAAAAACGGUGCCGUGUUUGCGGACGACAAUUACCAAAAUGGUCCCCCACAAAUCUUUACCCUGGAGGCAGUACCUCCGACGGAGCCUUGCUUUCCCCUGUGCGGGGCGGCCACAACAAUCUACUCCAAAGAAACGAAGAAGUACAUCUGCCUAGACACGAACGGUCGGCCCAAAGCCCGGCGCGUCAAAGCGAACGGCAUGCCGAAACGGUGCCUGUUCUACGAGCACAUGGACGGGGGCGCCUUCCGCUUCCAGUCGGUCGCGUUUCCGGACUGGUAUUUAGGUUUCCACAAAAACGGUAAACCCAUCGCCGCCGGAACCCCGGGCGGCCAGGCGAAGGUGACCAGCGGUGGCGGAGGUGGCCGCGGUGGUGGUCGUGAGCGGCGGCGGCAGAUCAACGAGAAGUGCUUCAACUUUGAGCGCUCCAACGCCACCUCGCUGCUGAUGGACGCGACGAAGGCGCAGCCGCCACCACCGACGGCAGCACCACCACCACUGUCACCAUCGCAGCGGAAGGAAGCGGGACACCAGCGACACCAGCAGAAACAGAAAACCCUGCCGGGCUACACGGUGAAUGGGCACUACGGUAACCCGUCGCCGCCGCCGCCGCCACCGCCGCACCCGCACCGGCACAAACACGGUGGAGGGGGCGCCCUGCGGAAGGGCCCGAAAGCCUCGCGCUACUCGCCGCCGCCGCCGCCACCCGAACAACAACACCCGAAUCUCGAUACCGCCGCCAGCUCACCGAGCACGACCUACGACGAUGGUGAUGGUGGCGUUGGUGGGUCACUCAGCGGGAAGGGUGGCAGCGGACGCCGGCGGAGCCACCCGAACCUACACUUCACCGACCAUCCCCUACUCGGCGACUUCCUCGGGGCCGCCGGUGGUGGUGCGCCGCCACCGACCGUCUUCACGAGGCCACCGCCAUUAAAGUCAUCUCAAUCGGUCCACUUCCGUCGGGGAGCAGGAGCAGAAUAUCGGGCACCCAUCGUGCCACCGGCAGCCACCAGCCACGAGCUUCUGGUUGGUCGCGGCGGCAACGGAAGUGGCAAGAAAAAGGCUUCCAGCAGCAGCAGCAGCAGCAACAGUGGCGCCGCCGGAAGCCGCCAUGUGUCGAAGUUUAAGGGAGAGAAGAAAAUGUUAGGCUAG